AACAACACAUUUGCACGUCACAAACAAAAACAUAAUCCCGAAUCAGACGAAAAGACCACUUCUCGCCGUCCUACCAGCAAACAAUACCCAAUAAGAGAAGAAUACUUACUCACACGAACGAGAGAGAGACAGACUAAGCAUAGAAUCAAUUUACAACACAAAAAGACCACAGAAGACAGUAAAAAGACCACAGAAGAUAGUAAAAAGACUACAAAAGACCAAAGCAUAAAAGGGCUUACGUUAGCAAAACAUUACCAUACUACUUCUCUAAGGCCUGAAUUCAACAAAAGACUUGCCACUAUGAAGACUAGAAGCUUUACAAACACCAGGCUUCUUCUCACUGAGAAUAAAGUCGUCAGAUCUGGUAAAAGAGAAUUAAAAGACACACAGAAGCAGUUUCUGAAGGAAGUCAAAGCACAUUUGUCUAAAUCAAAGCUGUUUAGACCACCUAAUAGUAAAAUGACUGCUAAACAGAAGAUUUUAAAACAAAUUGUUGAAGGAUCUAGCUACAGCGAUGAAGAAGAGUCUUUACAGAAGAAUUUGAUUGAGGCCCUACAUAAGAGUAAUAGGGAUAAACGUUAUAAACAUGGUACUGUGAAUGGUAAAGGUAAAUCAGGUAAAAAGGAAUACUUGGAUUUGACGAGACGAUCUGGACGGUCUGGAGUCAAGUUUAAAAGUAUGAUAUCUCUCAUCAGAAAUGGCUUCCUAAGAUAGAAGAAUGUAUAUUUAC